ACAUAUAUAACAUUCAUAUACAGACAUCUAGUGUAACACAGGCAGGUGUAAACAUAAAAUUAGUCCAUGAGUCUAGAGUAAAUGCAGUGUAGCGACAUCGACGAGACCGUGAAACAACAUGCAGCACCAUAUAGAUCGUACAUCACCGAGAACGACAUAUCUCAUAUCCACCUCGGCCGAAUCUGCUGUUCGGGAUGCCUCCGCAUCAUCGCCUCGUCCACCCGGUGCUCUUCCUCCUUCUGCGCCGUCGACGGCCGCCUGAUCCGUGGCGGAUACCCCGCGGACGACUGCACAGAUUGCCUCCCCGCACCCGCAGCCUGCCGCUGCCCAUCUCCUUGCUGAUACUGCCCAGGAAAGGGGAACCGCUCCGGUUUGACCGACCCAGCGUACCCCUGCCCAUACCGCGGGGCCGGCGUCGAAUCAAACCGCCCACGAGUAGACUCCGAAGACGUCGUACCCGACGAAGUCGGCGUCGUCGACCCAUACCGACCACGCUCGUAUCCACCCGGCAGGCCACGCACCCCACUCGCCCUCACGGCCGACCGCCCCUGCGCCUCAUAGCUCCCCUCGACCCUCUCAUAAUCCUGCAUCUCCCGCCUCGCCCGCGCACCCGGCACACACCCCUCCCUCGCCCUGCUAUCCCUCCUCUCCCGCUCGCGCUCCAUCUCCACCGCCACAGCCGCCACCAUCCCCACAUCCCGCUCCCUCCCCAUAUCCCUCCGCCCGUCCCGCUCCUUGACACCCCCGACCUGCCUCGCGCUCCCCGCCGGAUUCAUAGCAGCGCUCAUCGCCUCCCGCGCCUUCUUCGUGGACACCUUGUAUGUCCCCUCGCAGAAGAACCCGCCGGGCACGCCGGUGCAGCGGUAUGUCCCGGGAGCGACCUGCGGCGGGUUCGCGUGUCGGCAUUUGCGCGACGAGCAUUUAUUGUGUAGCGGCGAGGGCCAGUCGGGCGGGAGUACGGACGCUUUGCGUGUGAAGAAGUUCAUCGCUCGUCGUUCUCGUCUUCAGAGAGGCUCCUGAGUGAAGCAGUGGUAGGUCGCAGGGCAAGUCGUAACCCAGUCGUGCACGACGCCUUGCGUCCACUCCCCAUAUAUACGGCACACGGCACGCGACACACGCAGUCGUCAGCACAGCAU